ACUGACAAAUGUUGCACUGUUGAUAAAUUGUUGUUUUCAAUAUACCACCAGUCCACUAGACUGAUAUUUAUGUAUCCGUUAUUUUGAGUAGCUAGUUGUCAACACGUCAUAACCUGAAAUUAAUUCUAUUAAGUGUGCCCAGAGCAGCAUAUUCAAAACAACUAAAAAAAUAACUCCUGCUACAUAGCCUACGUGCUACAAUAACCAAAUAUACUAGGCUAUCUUAAUUAGUUGGACGUUCCAAGAAACCAGUGCAACACAUUUCCACAGAAGGAAGGUUGCACCUGCGGAAAGCUGACGUAAUGCGUUUCUAAACAUAAUACUUUUCAGAAAAAGCUCUGUGGGCGCGUAGGUUCCUGCCUACCUAUAGGUCUGUGUGCGCAGCAAGUGCACACGGACGGGACUGCAUAUUACAUAAAGAGACUUGAUCCAACUUCUGUGACAAGCUUGCCACGCACGGUUCCUCUGCUUGUUCGCAUUCUGCAGCUAUAUGAUAAACAAUGAUUUCCACCGCAGCGAUCGUUAGGGGGUCUCGAGCACUUCACGGCACCAGAUCCUUACAUACGACACUCGCAGCCUCUCUUCCUAUCAAGGUUGGAGAACGACUCCCGGCUGUGGAGUUGCAGGAAGGAGAGCCAGGCAAGAAGGUGUCUCUGGAUCAACUCUUCAAAGGGAAAAGGGGAGUGCUUUUUGCAGUCCCUGGAGCUUUCACCCCUGGGUGUUCCAAGACCCACCUUCCUGGGUUUGUGCAGCAGGCAGCAGAACUACGCAGCAAGGGCGUACAGGAAGUGGCCUGCAUCUCUGUCAAUGAUGCCUUUGUCAUGGCUGCCUGGGGCAAGGAGCAUGGCACAGACGGCAAGGUGCGAAUGCUGGCUGACCCCACAGGCUCCUUCACAAAGGCUGUAGAUCUGUUACUGGACAACGAUCAAAUAGUGCAGGUGUUGGGCAACAAGAGAUCCAAGAGAUAUGCAAUGCUGGUAGAGGAUGGCGUAGUGAAGAAGUUAAACGUGGAACCGGAUGGGACUGGACUGUCUUGCAGCCUGGCCUCCAACAUCCUCUCUGAACUGGUCUAGAUGUCAUCUCCCUUGACCCAAACCGACAGCUACAAUACCACAGUUAUAACAGCAACACAAUAAUAUCGGCCAACCCUGGUUCUGUAAAGCAACCAAUUUCAGUCAUUUUAAAGGUCACUUGUAAGACAAUUACAAAGAUUGUGUAGCCUCUGAAAUAUGGUGGUCACUGAACCACCGUAUCCUUUCCAAAAAAGCUAAUGAAUAUCUGUUGACUGAUUUGGUGUUUAAAUAUUAUAAUUUUCUUUACCCCAACUUAAAUAUUUGGGUUUCUUAAUACCAGGGCUGGCCAGGCCCAAAGUACCCAGAGUAGAAUAUCCUGAUACUGUGGAUCUGCUCAGAAUGUCUAUGCAGUAUAACAAACUUACACACAAACACUGGCUCAGUUGCACCAAGUCAUUCUUAAAACCUCCAUGAAAUACCAAUAAACUGUUACAGCAAUA